UCCCCUGCAGCGGAGCGUCUCCGCUAUAUCCUGGGAGAAGACGAUGACAUGCCCACCCCCACCCUCUUCACUGAGAUGGACACGCUGCAGCAGGACGGGGACGAGCUGGAGUGGAAAGAGUCUGCCAGGUGACUUCUGACCCAUAGAUCACAUACAGACAUACAGAAACAUACAGUAAAAGCCAGCCUUGACAGCCAAUAUCAAGUAUGUCAAGUUCAUGCCAAGAUUUUGACAGUCUAUGUUAUAGCUAUAGCUAUCAACUACUGAGUCACCUGUAGUGUAGGCUAAUUCAUAUUUUAACAUGCGUAUGGUGAUACCAAAAAUACAUUUCAUAGAACAAAUUGUCCCACUCCUUUAUCAUAGACGGAUGUCAUUCUAGAACCCACCAAUUUUGUCAUGCAUUUCAUGUUUAUUAUGGCAUGCAUGAUGAAUUAAUGUCUUAUUGUUAGCAUGUGUCAUUCCCAAGACAAGCAGUCAGUGUUUACAUCAUAUCAGUUUCGACGUGAAUUAUUUGUCCCUUCCAACUCAUUUGAUGCCUCCAACUCAUGCCCUCUUUCUGUCCCUGUACUGGGGUCCAGGUGGGUGAAGUUUGAGGAGAAGGUGGAGGACGGAGGAGAGAGGUGGAGCAAGCCCCAUGUGUCCACCCUGUCCCUGCACAGUCUGUUUGAGCUCAGGACCUGUCUACAGACCGGCACUGUGCUGCUGGAUCUGGAGGGAUACUCACUGCCUCAGAUAGUUGGUGAGCAACACAAAUUCCCCUUUACAGAGCACUAAUGCAUACCAAAUAAGUAUUGUGUGAUUCGUACCUAAUGUUUAGAGAUAGUACUGUAAAUAAUUUCAAUUCUCUGUCACAAAUGACAAGCAGAGGUGUUAUCCCUUCUAAGAACAGUUAGCCUAGUGUGUACAGUGUAUUUUAGUGAUGCUAACAGCAUCCAGUAGUUGACAAGAAAGGCUGUUGGUUGUGAGUGAUACUACAAACAGUACUAAGACAACAUUCUCCUGCAGAUGAAAUCAUUGAUCGGCAGAUAGAUGAGGGCAUGUUGUCUCCUGACCUAAGAGAGAAGAUCAGCUUUGUCCUCCUGAGAAAGCACAGGCACCAGACCAAGAAGCCCAUCCACCGCUCUCUGGUUGACAUGGGCAAGGCCAGCGGUGGUGGUGCCCGUGAGUGUCCCUCUCCUCUAUGGUCAAGUAUGGCCAUCGGUAUCCCUAUACACGUUAUAGUACUUCCUAAGUUUUACACUUGCAGCCUACUUAUAUACAUUUUUAAAAAAGUGUAUUAUGCCCACUGUAUAGGCUUUCUUACACUUUCUUUAAUUGCAAAUUAUCACAAAUUUUUUCAUGCAGUCAUCUCAGUUUUAUUCAAUUGAAUUAAAUAAACUUUAUCCCCAAGGAGAAAUUAUAGUCUAUCUCCGUAAACAGUCUCCUGUCUUCCUUACUUGUAUUUCCUCCUCAGCUCGUAGUCCAGGUGCAGCGGCCGCAUUCAACCGCUCCAUUGAGGACCUCCGCAUGAAAUCACAGUCAGGAGGCUAUGGUCGUCUGCGUGAGUCUCUCUCUCAUCAUCUCUCUAGAGCCUGUCUGUCUCUUUUUCUCUUUCUUUCACACUCUCUUCCUGUGACUUCUUGUAUCGCUCUUAAAGAUGCACUCUGCAGAAAUCGUUCCUCCAUUUCCUGGUUGCUAAAAUUCUAAUAGUUUGCCUAAUUUCAGUUUAUGUGACAAAACAAGCAAGUAUAGUGGAGAGAAUCAUUGUACCAUCUAAACGCUAUGAAAUAUAUUUUUCAUAACCAAAACUAUUGUAUUUUCAGCUGUUUGAAGCUGGUGUACAAAACCAAAAGUAAAAGACGCAAAAACAAAACUUAAGAACUGGAAGCAUAGAAAUGGUGCACAUAGAACAGAUCUACCGCUUUUUAUACUUGCUUUCAAUGAGAAUGACAGAUCUAUAACAUACAUAUUAUGUGUGCAUUUGGUCGGGUCACCCAAAAAGUUACAUAUUGCAGCUUUAAAUAUCCUAUUAUUCCCUUCUCUCUUUUUAGAUGUGUUUGAAGCUAUAGAGAAUACUACAGGGUUCUCCCCAAAGAAUGUAAGAGAGGCGCUGCACCACUAUGUAAAACAGUAUAUUAUUUGUUAUCAUAUAAGGCCAUAUUUUGCUCUAGGUUGCAGGAAAUGGCAGUUACAGGUGUUAAAAAAUUUAAAAGUCUCGGAGUCCAAUGGGGAGCACUGACCCCCUCCUGGCCUCCUCCCCGGCCAUACUCAGCAGCACCACCUUGUUAAAAAAUCUUGAGGAGAACCCUGUACUGAUAAUAUUUAAUCCUCUUCACGGCACGAAUUCCUUUUAUUUGAAGAAGAGAAUCUCAGUUGAUUUGCACAUGUGUCUUUGAUACAUAGAACACUCUCCAUAUCCUCAACAUUGAUAUGAUAAAUUAUUCACAUGUACUGUGUUGCUUUACAGGUCAUGCCCAUAGUAGGAGUAUGAAUGACAUUGCAGACACUCUGAGCACAGACCAGGUGACCCACUGAUACAACAAUACAACUCAGCAGGCUCAAUUCAAUCAAACAUCAUCCUUGCAGAGCGAAACUACAGGUUUUACGGAAUUAUUGUCAUAAUAUAAUUUAGGUUUUCUAAUCUAGGUUAAUUUAGGUUAGUUUCAUUACUUAAAAUGUGCACUUCCUCUGUGCAGAAAUUAUGUUAGUUUUCCGCAAAGAUGUUUGAUUGAAUUGCAACCAGAGUGUUUGUAGGAAUUCAUAUUCCUUCUUUUGCAAUGGCAAAACGUGUUGAGUUUGUGUAUCCAUACAGUAUGUGUUUGUGCCGAAUUUUCAAAAUCCAUUUAACCAGUAAAUGUGCUGAAUUUGACAUAUACAGUGGGGAGAACAAGUAUUUGAUACACUGCCGAUGUUGCAGGUUUUCCCACUUACAAAGCAUGUAGAGGUCUGUAAUUUUUAUCAAAGGUACACUUCAACUGUGAGAGACGGAAUCUAAAACAAAAAUCCAGAAAAUCACAUUGUAUGAUUUUUAAGUAAUUAUUUUGCAUUUUAUUGCAUGACAUAAGUAUUUGAUCACCUACCAACCAGUAAGAAUUCCACGUCUCACAGCCCUGUUAGUUUUUCUUUAAGAAGCCCUCCUGUUCUCCACUCAUUACCUGUAUUAACUUCACCUGUUUGAACUCGUUACCUGUAUAAAAGACACCUGUACACACACCAAUCAAACAGACUCCAACCUCUCCACAAUGGCCAAGACCAGAGAGCUGUGUAAGGACAUCAGGGAUACUCAUUUCUCUCUGCCUCCUUCUUUCCACUCCUCUCCUCUUUUGACCUCACCCUCUCACCGUCCCCCCCUACUCACAAGGCAGGCAAUACGCUUGACCUCAUCUUUACAAGAUGCUGCUCUUCUACUAAUCUCACUGCAACUCCCCUCCAUGUCUCCGACUACUUUGUAUCCUUUUCUCUCUCGCUCUCCUCCUACACUACUCACUCUGCCCCUACACAGAUGGUAAUGCGCCGCCGCAACCUUCGCUCUCUCUCUCCCACUACUCUCUCCUCUUCCAUCCUAUCAUCUCUUCCCUCUGCUCAAUCCUUCUCCCUCCAAUCUCCUGAUUCUGCCUCCUCAACCCUCCUCUCCUCCCUUUCUGCAUCCUUUGACUCUCUGUGUCCCCUAUCCUCCCGGCCGGCUCAGUCCUCCCCUCCAGCUCCGUGGCUUGAUGACUCAUUGCGAGCUCACAGAACAGAGCUCCGGGCAGCUGAGCGGAAAUGUAAGAAAACUAGACUCCCUGCGGACCUGGCAUCUUUUCACUCCCUCCUCUCUACAUUUUCUUCAUCUGUUUCUGCUGCUAAGGCCACUUUCUAACACUCUAAAUUCCAAGCAUCUGCCUCUAACCCUAGGAAGCUCUUUGCCACAUUCUCCUCCCUGCUGAAUCCUCCUCCCCCCUCCUCCCUCUCUGUGGAUGACUUCGUCAACCACUUUGAAAAGAAGGUUGACGACAUCCGAUCCUCGUUUGUUAAGUCUAAUGACACUGCUGGUCCUGCUCACACUGCCCUACCCUAUGCUUUGACUUCUUUCUCCCCUCUCUCUCCAGAUAAAAUAUUGCGACUUGUGACUGCAGGCCGCCCAACAACCUGCCUGCUUGACCCCAUCCCCUCCUCUCUUCUCCAGACCAUCUCCGGUGACCUUCUCCCCUACCUCACCUCGCUGAUCAACUCAUCCUUGACCGCUGGCUAUGUCCCUUCCGUCUUCAAGAGAGCGAGAGUUGCACCCCUUCUCAAAAAACCAACACUCGAUCCCUCUGAUGUCAACAACUACAGACCAGUAUCCCUUCUUUCUUUUCUUUCCAAAACUAUUGAGCGUGCCGUCUUUAGCCAACUCUCUUGCUAUCUCUCUCAGAAUGACCUUCUUGAUCCUAACCAGUCAGGUUUCAGGACUGGUCAUUCAACUGAGACUGCUCUUCUCUGUGUCACGGAGGCUCUCCGCACUGCUAAAGCUAACUCUCUCUCCUCUGCUCUUGUCCUUCUAGACCUGUCUGCUGCCUUUGAUACUGUGAACCAUCAGAUCCUCCUCUCCACCCUCUCCGAGCUGGGCAUCUCCGGCGCGGCUCACUCUUGGAUUGCGUCCUACCUGACCGGUCGUUCCUACCAAGUGGCGUGGCGAGAAGCUGUCUCCGCACCACGUGCUCUCACCACUGGUGUCCCCCAGGGCUCAGUUCUAGGCCCUCUCCUAUUCUCGCUAUACACCAAGUCACUUGGCUCUGUCAUAUCCUCACAUGGCCUCUCCUAUCAUUGCUACGCUGACGAUACACAACUAAUCUUCUCCUUUCCCCCUUCUGAUAACCAGGUGGCGAAUCGCAUCUCUGCAUGUCUGGCAGACAUAUCAGUAUGGAUGACGGAUCACCACCUCAAGCUGAACCUUGGCAAGACGGAGCUGCUCUUCCUCCCGGGGAAGGACUGCCCGUUCCAUGAUCUCGCCAUCACGGUUGACAACUCCGUUGUGUCCUCCUCCCAGAGUGCGAAGAGCCUUGGCGUGACCCUGGACAAUACCCUGUCGUUCUCUGCUAACAUCAAGGCGGUGACCCGAUCCUGCAGGUUCAUGCUCUACAACAUUCGGAGAGUACGACCCUGCCUUACACAGGAAGCGGCACAGGUCCUAAUCCAGGCACUUGUCAUCUCCCGUCUGGAUUACUGCAACUCGCUGUUGGCUGGGCUCCCUGCCUGUGCCAUUAAACCCCUACAACUCAUCCAGAAUGCCGCAGCCCGUCUGGUGUUCAACCUUCCCAAGUUCUCUCACGUCACCCCGCUCCUCCGCACACUCCACUGGCUUCCGUUGAAGCUCGCAUCUAUUACAAGACCAUGGUGCUUGCCUAUGGAGCUGUGAGGGGAACGGCACCUCCGUACCUUCAGGCUCUGAUCAGUCCCUACACCCAAACGAGGGCAUUGCGUUCAUCCACCUCUGGCCUGCUGGCUCCCCUUCCUCUGCGGAAGCAUAGUUCCCGCUCAGCCCAGUCAAAACUGUUCGCUGCUCUGGCACCCCAAUGGUGGAACAAGCUCCCUCACGACGCCAGGAGAGCGGAGUCACUCACCACCUUCCGGAGACAUUUGAAACCCCACAUCUUUAAGGAAUACCUGGGAUAGGAUAAAGAACAAAAAAAUGGUAAAGUGGUUAUCCCACUGGUUAUAGGGUGAAUGCACUAAUUUGUAAGUCGCUCUGGAUAAGAGCGUCGGCUAAAUGACGUAAAUGUAAAUGUAAAUGUAAAUAAAAUUGUAGACCUGCAGAAGGCUGGGAUGGGCUACAGGACAAUAGGCAAGCAGCUUGGUGAGAAGGCAACAACUGUUGGCGCAAUUAUUAGAACAUGGAAGAAGUUCAAGAUGACGGUCAAUCACCCUCGGUCUGGGGCUCCAUGCAAGAUCUCACCUCGUGGGGCAUCAAUGAUCAUGAGGAAGGUGAGGGAUCAGCCCAGAACUACACGGCAGGACCUGGUCAAUGACCUGAAGAGAGCUGGGACCACAGUCUCAAAGAAAACCAUUAGUAACACACUACGCCGUCAUGGAUUAAAAUCCUGCAGCGCACGCAAGGUCCCCCUGCUCAAGCCAGUGCAUGUCCAGGCCCGUCUGAAGUUUGCCAAUGACCAUCUGGAUGAUCCAGAGGAGGAUUGGGAGAAGGUCAUGUGGUCUGAUGAGACAAAAAUAGAGCUUUUUGGUCUAAACUCCACUCGCCGUGUUUGGAGGAAGAAGAAGGAUGAGUACAACCCCAAGAACACCAUCCCAACCGUGAAGCAUGAAGGUGGAAACAUCAUUCUUUGGGGAUGCUUUUCUGCAAAGGGGACAGGACGACUGCACCGUAUUGAGGGGAGGAUGGAUGGGGCCAUGUAUCGCGAGAUCUUGGCCAACAACCUCCUUCCCUCAGUAAGAGCAUUGAAGAUGGGUCGUGGCUGGGUCUUCCAGCAUGACAACGACCCGAAACAAACAGCCAGGGCAACUAAGGAGUGGCCUAGCCAGUAAGAAGCAUCUCAAGGUCCUGGAGUGGCCUAGCCAUUAUCCAGACCUGAACCCAAUAGAAAAUCUUUGGAGGGAGCUGAAAGUCCAUAUUGCCCAGCGACAGCCCCGAAACCUGAAGGAUCUGGAGAAGGUCUGUAUGGAGUAGUGGGCCAAAAUCCCUGCUGCAGUGUGUGCAAACCUGGUCAAGACCUACAGGAAACGUAUGAUCUCUGUAAUUGCAAACAAAGGUUUCUGUACCAAAUAUAAAGUUCUGCGUUUCUGAUGUAUCAAAUACUUAUGGCAUGCAAUAAAAGGCAAAUGAAUUACUUAAAAAUCAUACAAUGUGAUUUUCUGGAUUUUUUUUUAGAUUCUGUCUCUCACAGUUGAAGUGUACCUAUGAUAAAAAUUACAGACCUCUACAUGCUUUGUAAGUAGGAAAACCUGCAAAAUCGGCAGUGUAUCAAAUACUUGUUCUCCCCACUGUACAUUUAAUUUAGCUUGGCAAGCAGCUGUAUACUGCAGAGGAUUUGUAUUGCAGUUCUAUUUCAUUGUUGCCAUGGGAGCCCGAUGAGAGCCAGUAUUGUUAUAAUUCUCAUAAAAUCUUUGAUUGUGUUUGUUUUAGUGUUGGUGUCACAGUGCAGUCGGGAGCAGGCAGCCUCACAACUCAGUCUUUUCUAAGGGUGAUUUAAAAGGAGCAUUUAAACCCAGUGAGACAGACGGCCCCUCCGUAAACACAGGACAAUUCCAUUGUUAGCAGGGUUAUUAUGCUGUGAAUGAUGGUGACAGGGACAGGCAUUGCUAAGCAUUGGGUUGAAACAGUUGCCUCUUUGAGAAUCUUAUGCCCAAAUAAUUGUCUUGAGAUAAUGUGCUGGACAAAUACGUUGGGUUUAACUCAGUAGAUAUGUGAAUCAAUACAUCUCUGGGAACUUGACUGUUUCUGCAUCUAUUUGGCUAGUGUAAAGCAAAAGCAGACUGGCUUCCAGGCUAUCCCAAUCUUUUCAAACUGCCCUCACUGUUUAGUCUAUGGUUGAGUGGUUUAUACUACACGUAGGGGCAUACAUGUAUACAGUAAGUAAUGUACCAGUGUGGAACUGAUAGACUAGGCCACAUUUCACAUAUUCAAGCCCCAGGAUUUAGGAUUUUUUACAUUAAUUAGAAUUUACGCUCAGAGACUAGUUUUGUUAUCCAUCAAAAACAUAUGCUGCCAGGAGGGCACUGAGGUGAAAUGUAAUGAUGUUCUUCAAACAGAUCAUUGAGUGGAUAGAUAGAAGCCUAAAGGCAUUGUUAGAACACAAUGACAAUGUCAAGAAGGAGAAAACUAUUGUAUGCACAUAUUUUAUGCUUUCACUGUCGGAUUUGAAUAAUUUAUUAGUGUCAUAUAGUGAUAUUUAUGUGGGUAUAUAAAAGAAAAACUAGGACUAGGACUUGAACUUGAAAAUAUGAUGCAAUUUCACCUUACAUUUUUGUCAGUUAUGCUGACAAGAAAUCCAGUGUCCAUACCAUACAGUAUAUGCCAUGAUGUAUCAUCUCUCUCUGACUCUGUCCUUCUUGUCCCUCCCUCCCUCCAUAGCUAAGGAAUAAGUUCAUGAAAAAGAUUCCUAGAGAUGCUGAGGCGUCUAAUGUGCUAGUGGGUGAAGUGGACUUCCUGGAUAAGCCCUUUGUAGCCUUUGUCCGCCUGGCACAGGCCACCACUCUGGGAGGACUCACAGAGGUUCCUGUGCCCACCAGGUAAUGGCUGUCUGCCUGCCUGUCUGACACAUUAGCAUGUAUAUUCACAUUACCCCUUACUCCUCUCUGUCUGUCUAUCUGUUUCUCUCUCUCUCUCUCUCUCUCUCUCUCUCUCUCUCUCUCUCUCUCUCUUCUCUCCUUCGCUCUCUCUCUAUCUAUCUCUCCUCUCGUCUCCCUCUCUCUCUCUCUCCUCUCUCUCUCCGUCUCUCUCUCUCCCUCUCUGUCCUCUCGCUCUCUCACUCUCUCUGUCUCUCGCUCUCUAGUCUUUUCCUCUAUCUCUAGUGAUACUCUGUCGUCGUCCUGUUUCUGCUCUAAUCCAAAUGUCUGGCUCUAGGGUCUCAUUUUCCUACUGUCUUGCUGCUUUCCUACUCCUUGUAUCGUUCUUAUGCCAUUGCACAUCUUGCAUUGUGCUGAGCCAUUGUUGAGGUGUCUAUUUUAUCCCCACUACCAAAUCCUGUUUGUCUGUGGUGCUCCACGAAAGUCCAAUCCAAAAAUGGUACAAUGCUCUCUAAUGGUGCUGAUUAUUUCUGUCAAUUGUUUUUUUUUUCUUGAUGCGCAGUGCAACAUGAAGUAAGCCAUGUUGCGGUCACUUUUCCAUCACCACACAGUGACUUCCUCGUUUCUGUAUGGGCCCCAGAGCCGUCCUGAUAUCGAUAUGUCAGCAAUGUACAUCUAAUGUGGAUGAUGUUGACAAGUUCACCACGUCAAUUGAUUAUUCUGUUUUCAUGCCCAAUACUUAUGAUGACAUGGAAUCUAAUACAGCAUGGCUUGCUGUUGGUACCGUUCAGCCUCACCUGUCACUAUCAUGGACAUUGACAUGUUUUGAACAGAGUCCCACCACGGUCAUAAAUUAGGAAUAGUUCCCUGGGUUUACAUCCCAUUACUUUAUGAGGGGACAGGACAGGUCCUAAAUCAGAUAGGUUGUGCAGCAGUGCAUAAUAAUGAUCUAUCUUUCUUUCUCACUCCCCCCCCCCCCCCCCCCCCCUCCCCCUCUAGCUCUUUAGUGAUGUGGCGUACAAGGCUAGAGAUCGAGAGGAUCUGAUUGCAGGUAUAGAUGAGUUCUUGGAUGAGGUAAUCGUGCUGCCACCCGGAGAGUGGGACCCCAAAAUCCGUAUCGAGCCCCCUAAGAAGGUGCCCACGGCUGACAAGAGGUUGGAGUCAUAUUUAGGUUUUCUAAUCUAGGUUAAUCUAGGUUAGUUCCAUUACGUAAUCAUUUCCCCACACUACAAAAGUCACUUCUGACCUCUAAGACCCAGAUAUGAGGUCCUUCUCAGUAUUUCUGCCAUCAACACUUCCCUUCCCUCUCUUCCUGUGUUUAUUCCUUCUGUGUACAGGAAGUCAGUGCACUCUCUGAAUGAGCUGGGUCAGGCGAACGGUACGGUGGGAGGAAGUGGAGGCCACGCGGAGGAUGAGGAGAUGCCAGUGGCUCACGAACUGGGAGAAGAGCUGGCACACACUGGGAGGUAG